CAGAACCCUCGGCCUUUACUGUCGCCGCCCUCUCGCUUUGAAACCCUAGAUCUCUUCGAUACUUCGAAGAACCCUAGCUUCUGGUUCCCAAUUUUUUUUUUUUCUUGCAGACGCGUAAUAUCCCCAAUCAAACCCCAGUUUACGAUCUCUUAACUCGAAGAUAUGGGAGAGGCGAAGGACAACGAUGCUUACGAGGAGGAGCUUCUCGACUACGAAGAGGAGGAGGAAAAGGCCCCCGAUGGUGUCGCGGCGAAGGCCACCGGUGAAGCAGCGAAGAAGGGUUAUGUUGGAAUUCAUAGUUCCGGAUUCAGAGAUUUCCUGUUGAAGCCAGAGCUACUUCGUGCAAUUGUUGAUUCAGGGUUUGAGCAUCCUUCCGAAGUACAACACGAAUGCAUUCCUCAAGCUAUCCUUGGAAUGGAUGUGAUCUGCCAAGCGAAAUCUGGGAUGGGAAAGACAGCUGUAUUCGUCCUUUCGACUCUUCAGCAAAUCGAGCCUGUUGCAGGCCAAGUUGCUGCUCUUGUUUUAUGCCACACAAGGGAACUAGCUUACCAGAUAUGCCACGAGUUCGAGAGGUUCAGCACGUACCUGCCAGACAUCAAAGUUGCUGUGUUCUAUGGGGGAGUUCACAUUUCAAAACAUAAAGAUAUUCUGAAGAACGAGUGUCCUCACAUAGUAGUUGGAACUCCUGGAAGGAUACUAGCACUAGCUAGAGAUAAAGAACUUUCCUUAAAGAAUGUGAGGCAUUUCAUUCUUGACGAAUGUGACAAGAUGUUGGAGUCGCUGGACAUGCGCAGAGAUGUUCAGGAGAUCUUUAAAAUGACACCUCAUGACAAGCAAGUUAUGAUGUUUUCAGCGACACUGAGCAAGGAGAUUCGUCCUGUAUGCAAGAAGUUCAUGCAAGAUCCAAUGGAAAUUUAUGUGGAUGAUGAGGCAAAAUUGACUCUACAUGGUUUAGUUCAGCACUACAUCAAAUUGACCGAGUUGGAAAAGAAUCGGAAGUUGAAUGAUCUUUUGGAUGCUUUGGACUUCAAUCAAGUCGUUAUCUUUGUCAAAAGUGUCAACAGAGCAGCAGAGCUUAACAAGUUACUUUGUGAGUGCAAUUUUCCUUCGAUCUGCAUUCACUCGGGAAUGCCUCAGGAAGAAAGGUUAACAAGGUACAAGAGCUUCAAGGAAGGUCACAAGAGGAUUCUUGUUGCCACAGAUUUGGUGGGCAGGGGAAUUGAUAUUGAGCGUGUGAACAUUGUGAUAAACUAUGAUAUGCCAGAUUCCGCCGAUACCUACUUGCACAGGGUUGGAAGGGCAGGCCGCUUUGGGACCAAGGGGCUAGCUAUUACAUUCGUCUCAUCCGCCUCCGACUCAGAUGUUCUCAAUCAAGUACAAGAAAGGUUUGAGGUGGAUAUCAAAGAGCUGCCCGAGCAAAUCGACACUUCCACAUACAUGCCAUCUUGAUAAUGAUAUUCGUCACUUUCUGAAGGCGUAAAAGGAGAUGGACGUGCGUUAAGAGCGUGUUGCAGAUAUUCCAUAAUUUGCCGUGAUUGAGACAUAAUGUUGUGGAAGAGAUUGUUUUUAACUUCUGUACCUCAUAGUAGACAGUACUACUAGUACUUAGCAUUAAGAUCUGGAUGCUUAUAUAUCUAAGAUGAGACGAAUGUUGUUCUAUAUGUUUUAUGUUAGGAUUGGCUAAUAGUCUUCUAGAAUGAUAUUUGCUGGUGGCAUGCCAUAUUAACUUUUGUUAGAGAUUUCUGUCGUUUGUGUUUGCACUUCCUGAUUCAUGA